GCGAGGAAAAUAGAAGACGCCCGUGCGCGCGCCAGCAGCGUUUUUCGAUUUCCGUAUGAGUUGUAAGUGUCGCGUCCUACCUAGAAAGCAAGCAUGUGCAAGCGGUCCUAGCUGUUGUUUUCUGAAGCAGAAGGUUGCAAAGGCCACACCAAGUACAACUCGUAGAACGCUGAAAGUCAUCAUGAGUGCGGCCGUUGACGUCGGCAGUUGCGGUGCCGCGAUUCCUGCGGCGCAGGAAAGUUUUCUGCGCCGCCUGCCGCCGAACAUGGGAACGGACGGUGGCGUGAUCAUAACGAAGGACAAUUUCGACGAGCUUACGAAGCUUGUAAAGGAAGGCAAGUUGGAAAGUUUCGAGCAGCUGCUGGGGAAAACCGAAACCGCAUUACCAAGUUUCGACGUGCGGGACUUCGGACUCGAAGUCGGCUUCUUCAAGGAGGGCGAGGAUCCGGAUCCAAGCGACGACGGGGAACAAGACAGCGCGGACAGUUCGAGUGCAGUAGAGAGACGUACGAGCCAGAGUGACGACGUCGAGGAAGAAGCUGCCGCGAAGCGGAGAAAAAUCGCAGUUUCAGCUUCGACGGCAAUGCGGCCCAAGAACGCGAUAGGAGAUGCCUCGGAAGUCAACAACACUGACGUCGAUAUGAAAGACGCAACUACAGCUGCUGGGACGACUACAGCAGAGCCAUGUGAUGUCGAAAAAGGUUGUAAAUCAAGUCUUGCGGCACAGGCUGCACCUGCUCAUUCCCCGAAGUUUUUCCCGCUCCGGAACAGCCAGUUCGUCUUCGACUGCGAGUUUGUACAGCGAGUGCAAAAAUUCGUUCUGGAGUACGAAAAGGGGCACGGGGACAUGCAGAAGCAGCUGGCAGCAGUUGCUAAGCAGAAGACGUCAGGGCAGAACGCUUCUUCCCUGCUUCCGUGCGCACAGGAGGGUACGGUCGACUUCCAAGAGAUGUCUCGGCUGAACGAGCGGGCGUACGCGGGCGUGGAUGUUCUGGAGGCAAUGGACUUCACUGGGGAGGCAUACUACCACUUGACCGAGGCGCACAAGCGGCGCUUUGCGGCGGUGAAAGCUUACGGGGAAGUGAUCAACCGUUUGAAUAGCUACAUCGGUCACGCGACAGACAGUCUUCGUGCCCGUUUGACGCGGGUUCACGAUCUGCAUGUCCAGGAAGCGUCGCAGCGCUUCUUGCCCGUGCUGACCGUUGAAGUUUCCAUGCUGGGUGGGGACGUAAUCAUGUGUACAGAGCAAUCCGUUCCGGCGACGUCGGCGAAAUUCAUCGAGAGUGCACGGAAUGUCGUCCCAAAAGGACCCCUCGCACACACGUGGGAUAAGCUGGAACCCAAGAAACUGCCGCUACAUGAGUACAAUACCUCCUACCCCAACCGACCGGACUUGAAAAGCAAAAACAGAACGACGCUGGACGUGGAUUUGCAGCGCGUGCUACGAUUGGACGUCGAAAAGAAGCUAGCCGCUCUGUACGAGAAGCUCCUGUACGGUGAUCCUGCCAGCGUGGCCGUGGGGUCGUCGUGUUUGACCGUCAAAACUGGAACCAGUUCAGCAGCAUCGGGAGGCACCUCGUCAUCGAGUUUGUCUCAGCCAUCCGGUGUGACCGCAGCUGCAGCUGGACGACAGCGCAACUUUUGCGACGUUUUGCCGGUGCCGGAAGCGUCCCAGAAGCGAGGCAGCGAUCCUGAUUUGGAUCUUUUGUGGGACGUUCCAUACGAGCUAAUCGCCAUCUUCGUGAACAAUGUCGUCGGGGAUGUGACGCAGUUUGAGGAAAAAACCUCUUUGAUUGGAGGUGACGGGUUGCUCGACGAGCUGCAGCUGCUGAAGGAAGCAGGAGCCGAUAAUAUGAGCAAAGUGCGUGACGAGCUGGAAGCGGCAAAAAAGUCUCGUUCAGAACGGCGCCUGAAAGACGCUGCGCAGCGGGCGGGCGGGUUCGCGGUGGGCAGUCUGCUGACGACCGCGCUGAUGCAUCUCUGGCUGCUGGACAAGGAAUAUGUGCGACGCAUGACAAGAAUCGUGACGAUUCCGACGCCUGAGGAAGUGGCCGCGCAGAAAAAGAAGAAGAAGGAGGAAGAGGCAGCGCAAGCAGCCGCACGCGCCAAGUUGCAGGGCCAGCGGGCGGGCCGGCGCCGCAGGGGUCUUCUCCAGAGAAAUGCUCUGUUAACCGACUCAGACGACGAGAUUAUUGACCCAGACGAUAUCGAUAUAGUCGCCGUAGUCGAAGCGGCUGCCGCCACUGAUGCGGAAGCCGUUGCGGUACAACAAGAUGAGGCUGCGGCUGCGGCCGAAGAGCCCCCAACCCGUGCUGACGAAGCCGGCACAGGGGAGAACGGUACUGCGGAACAAGCCAAUAGUGCUGGAGAAGCUGUGGCAGCAGAUGAUGGCGAAGCCGAAGAACAAGCGGCAGAAGAGCAACUGGAAGUGGCGGAAACAAGCGCGCAAAAAUCAAAGAUAAACCUCACCACGAAGCAUGUGAUGGUUUCCGAUGACGAAGAUCUAAAGAGUGUGAAAGAGAUGAAGACGGGCGAUCUCUUAUGCUGAUGAAGGUUUUGAGUACCUCUUCGCGAUGGCAAUGCCGAUUUCGACAAGGUCUCGCAGUUUGAUAGAUUUCUAGUUGCUCUUUGCCUAAGCGAAGUUCUCUUUUUGCACAGGCACCUCAUAUGAAUAUGUGUGUCAUAAACUUUUGCACGAUCGUUCGAUUUCAUCGGCCGUCUGUAGUACCGUUGUAAAGACACAGAAACGAAAUAAGCAUCUGUCGCCGACCUUUUCGUCGCAUAUGCUUUCCAAGUCGGCUGCUGCGCCGGCGCGCUGGGAUGGCGCUGCCUACCGUAUGGUAAAGAAGAUCGAGUGCUCUUACUGCACCUGACGGACGAUUGCUUUGCCCCUGGCUCGCUCAAAGUGAUUGGAGCUCCUUCGGUGAAGAUUAGCGUGGAGUGCGACGCUGGUUUGAGUCUCUACAAGGACCAACGUUCCGAGGAAAUGAAGGCACGGAAGCGGCGAGACGAGGUGUCACGGCAGCAUCCUUGGCGCCUUUACGUGUGUGUCAGGAUGUUGGGGAGCAGUGACGGAGUGUCUGGACCAGGUGCAAGCAGCGGUGGAUGCGUCUACGACCAGUGCAUCGUCGGAUACGCGAUUCUUCCGACGAGAAACGUCACGCGUGUGCGCGCGGACGUCGAGCGACAAGACUACCGCCGGAACUACGACUCGGAGGAGCGCUACGGCUUCGGCUACGGCGAGUCGCGCUGGUCCCCUGACGGGGAGAUAUCUAGUCUCACUCCCGGACGGGUUGGAGUUCCGCAGUUUGGCUUCCACAGCAGUGUUGGCAUGUUCAUUGAGCGGAAAGACUUUUCGGUGUCUGGUCUGAAUUUGAUGGUGUCGCGCGAGAAGAAACUGCGAGAGGCCAUCCUCACCGAGGCGUUGUCGAAUCUGAGCGUCAUUGAAGACCCUCAAUCAAUCACUACUACACUGAGGUACUUAUGUUUUCAGUUGUGUGUUGUUGCUGCUCUGUGCACUGGCUGUGUUUCAACUUCUGUGAAUAGCCUUAUUGAGAUAGAAGAUGCAGCACAGUUGAAUAAUGAAAAAUUUUUCGCCGCGCAGGUUUGCCGAAUUGUUGGAGCGGCGAGAAGAAUUGGCGAUAAAGAAGAUCGACUGGUUUCGUGCGACAUUUCCUGUCAUCUUCUACAAGGAGUGCGAAAGCCAGUGGACUCUGCUGCGCACCUUGCUUCAGGGCUGCGACUACGGGCUGCACAUCCUAGGGCUGCAGACUGUCGUGCGCCAGCUUGGCGACUCGUUUGUUGAGGGCGCGCCCUUGACGAUGACGGAUGACGACGUAAGGAACCGGUUUGCUGGUAAAGCAACUGUGACUACGCAGAGACCUCCCCUCAAAGGAGGAACGGGAUCGGUUGCAGAGGGCAGAGCGAAAGGUGACGGGAAGAAAUCAGCGGAAAAGAAGCCUCUGGCGGCGUUCGCGGAUACCGUGUCGGGGUUGGUGAGAAUGAAUUUGUGGCGUUCGACGCAGCAAGCGAAAGCAGGCCAGGCCGACGCCGGGCCGGCUUUCGAGUUGCCGUACACGGCUCGGAAGCGCAUCCUGCGAAAGCCAUCGUACUUGUGGCGAUUCGGACCUUGGGAGCCUCUCUCAGGCGUGGAUCCGGAUUUGCGCCAGUACGACAACUUCUUCCAGUACGCCUACUGUCUGGAGAAAGCCAAACUGGACGACUCGAAAUCGGAGGAGGAAGAAUUUAGUGGCUUCAGUGACCAAGACAGCCAAAACGCAAGCACUAGUCAGGAAAACCGCAUCCUGCAGUUGCAACAGCCAGACAGCGCGUCCUCCGAAAAGAAGCGGCCCUACUGCAAGUUGCACUUUUCCCUCGCAAUAGCAGACAGAGAGAACGCUGACUAUGACUACCAUUUUCAGGAGAAUCAAUUUCGCAAGAACGAAGAGUACAAUGACCGCUACAGAAACGAUUUUUACUACUAGCGGAUGAACACCGCCUUUCUUUGCGACAGCUGAGCACGAAGGUCGUACAGGCCUAGAGAAAAGGAGUCCAUCUGUUGACAAUACUAGUUGUAGUUCGAGAAAGAGCCGCCCUGCUACUUGUCCGCUCAACGAGCAGUCGAAGCAACACUUGCUACUGUGUACCGCAAGACAGCUCGUUUUGCAUUUUCUCGAAAUUACUGAAAGGGCCUGGCCGGCGCUCUUACUUGGACUUGGUUCUGCUUCUUCACACGCCCA